AUGGAUGUGUUCUGGGAGGCACCUCCGGUGUCUCGGACCAUCACUGCAUUGACUCUGGUCGAGUCUCUCCUCGUUUACAGUGAUACCCUCAGUUUCUAUAAUGUUGCGUUUCUGAAGGGCAAUCUGUUCACGCGACUUCCGGAGAUCUGGCGACUGGUCACACCUUUUUCUACUAACCGGAAGAAGGCUCGAUUUUCUCUUCGAUCUCUACUUCAGUAUGUGUACCACUACGGCAGUGCGCUGGAAAUCGGAUCGACCCGGUUCAGCCAGGUUGGAGACUUUUUCAUCUACGUGAUCUUUGUAGCUUCCACCAUAUUGGUUUCUGCAGGUCUCUGGCUCGGUAGUACCUUCUUCACUCGCGCAUUGAUCAUGGCAUUCGCGCACACCUACGCCCAAGACAACCGGGGCAAGAAGGUCAAGUUCUUCAUCAUCGAGAUCCCCGUGUUGUGGCUCCCCUGGGCCAUGCUCACGAUGACUCUGGUUACCUACGGCUGGGGUUCUGUCAAGACAGAAUUCACAGGUAUUCUUGCCUCUCAUCUGUACGACUUCCUUACGCGUAUCUAUCCAACUUUCGGCGGCGGAAAAAACUACAUCUUCACCCCGCGUUUCGUGCAGCGAUACAUCUUCAGACACACGCCAGAUACGGCACGCCGCACCUAUGGUAGAGCUUAUCGUCCGUCACGACCAACUGAUCCCCAGCCCGACACGUCUAACUCGGGGGCCCGCGGCUGGACAUCGUCACAGGAUCUGGGGUCGUGGGGCACUCGAGGUUCCGGAAGACGACUUGGUUAG